AUGGCCUCAAAGCUCGGCAUGAUGUCUCUCUUCGAACCAGACGGCACCGUGGUCCCCGUAACCGUCGUUGGUUUCCACGAAGGCAACACCGUGACACAAGUCAAAACCUCAGCCACCGACGGAUACGAUGCCGUUCAAGUCGGUUACCGCCGCGUACGCGAAAAGAAACUAACCAAACCGGAAACCUGUCACCUCCAAAAAUCCGGUAUAAUCCCUUUAAGACAUCUCCAGGAGUUUCGGUUGACCAAUGUCGAAGGGUUUGAACCGAACCAGAUGCUUGUGUUCGACGAGAUUUUCAAGGAAGGGGAUUUUGUCGACGUGGCGGGGACGACGAUAGGGAAAGGGUUCCAGGGAGGGAUCAAGAGGCAUAAUUUCAAGAGAGGGCAGAUGACUCAUGGGUCGAAGAGUCAUAGGGCUUUGGGGUCGAUUGGUGCGGGGACGACGCCUGGGAGGGUUUACAAAGGGAAGAAGAUGCCUGGGAGGAUGGGUGGGACCAGGACUAAGAUUAGGAAGCUUAGGAUUGUUAGGGUUGAUAAGGAGUUAAAUGUUGUGUUGAUUAAUGGUGCUUUGCUUGGUAAGCCUGGGAAUCUUCUUAGGAUUACUCCUGCUAAGAUUGUUGGAGUCAAUAUCCCAAAGAACUAG